GGUCGGAGGAGACGCCAGCCCAGGGAGGCGGGGUUGCUGGAGGAGAGUCCGCUCGCUCUGCGCAAUCCAGUCCGGGACUUGGCUCCGCCCGGAGCGUCGGCCUCUCCAGUGACACAGGAGUAGUGAGCCGCACGGGGUGAGGCUGCAGCCAACUCCGCUCCCCACGCACUCGGCUGCCUAGGCGCUCGGGACGCAGCACGGGCGCUUUUCCGCGGUGCCGACUGCUCGAGAUGCCCGCCUAGGAGCGUGCGGCCGCGGCCAGCGUCGCCACACCCGGGACCCUGCACUCGGGGUUGCAGAGCCGGCCAGAGCCCUGCACCUCUGCCUCAACCUCCCACCCCGCCCCCCGCCCUGAAAUGACUAGUUAAUGGGCGCUGGCAUCGCUGAGGGGACUCAGAAGUGAAUCCAAGUGGAAUCUGGGUUUGGAAAAAAGAGUUUCUUGAGCAUUUAUCCCGGUCCUCGCUGGUUUUUUUCUUUUUCUGUUUUUCCCCCCUUUUUCUUUUCUUUUUUUCCUUUUUCAGUUAUUUUUUAUUUUUAUUUUUUUGGCCUUCGUCUCACCUCCUCUUCUGUCAUUGGAGAUGAACACAGCUCGCUUGCAUCCCAGAAAGUAAUCGCCGUGACUGUUGCCCCCCAAAGAGACAAGCACACAUGUAGGAAUGACAAAGGCUUGCGAAGGAAAGAGCGCAGCUCAAGGCCCAGAGAGAUCUUCUCGAUAAUGGAUUACUAAAUGGGAUACUCGCCGUGCCAGUCCGCUCCGAGCCGCGGCCGCCUGCCCGUCGAUGCACCGAAAAGGGUGAAGUAGAGAAGUGAGCCUCCCCGCUGAACCUACUAUGAGGCCAGCAGCCUUACUGCUAUGUCUCACACUGCUACACUGCGCUGGGGCUGGUUUCCCAGAAGAUUCUGAGCCAAUCAGUAUUUCGCAUGGCAACUAUACAAAACAGUAUCCGGUGUUUGUGGGCCACAAGCCAGGACGGAACACCACGCAGAGGCACAGGCUGGACAUCCAGAUGAUCAUGAUCAUGAACAGAACCCUCUACGUUGCUGCUCGAGACCAUAUUUAUACUGUUGAUAUAGACACAUCCCACACAGAAGAAAUUUACUGUAGCAAAAAACUGACAUGGAAAUCUAGACAGGCUGACGUAGACACAUGCAGGAUGAAGGGGAAACAUAAGGAUGAAUGUCACAACUUCAUUAAAGUUCUUCUCAAGAAGAAUGAUGAUACGCUGUUUGUCUGUGGAACCAAUGCCUUCAACCCUUCCUGCAGAAACUACAGGGUGGAUACUUUGGAAACUUUUGGGGAUGAAUUUAGUGGAAUGGCCAGAUGCCCUUAUGAUGCCAAACAUGCCAACAUCGCUCUGUUUGCAGAUGGAAAACUCUACUCCGCCACAGUGACGGACUUUCUGGCCAUCGAUGCGGUCAUUUACAGGAGCCUUGGAGACAGCCCUACCCUCAGGACUGUCAAGCACGAUUCAAAGUGGUUGAAAGAGCCGUACUUUGUCCAAGCAGUGGAUUACGGGGACUAUAUCUACUUCUUCUUCAGAGAAAUUGCAGUAGAAUACAACACUAUGGGGAAGGUUGUUUUCCCUAGGGUGGCUCAGGUUUGUAAGAAUGACAUGGGAGGGUCUCAGAGAGUCCUAGAGAAGCAGUGGACAUCUUUCCUGAAGGCUCGCCUGAACUGCUCCGUGCCUGGAGACUCCCAUUUUUAUUUCAAUAUACUCCAGGCAGUUACAGAUGUGAUUCGCAUUAAUGGCCGUGAUGUUGUCCUGGCAACCUUUUCCACACCUUAUAACAGCAUCCCUGGUUCUGCAGUCUGUGCCUAUGACAUGCUUGACAUUGCCAAUGUUUUCACGGGGAGAUUUAAGGAACAGAAAUCACCCGAUUCCACCUGGACACCCGUUCCAGACGAACGAGUCCCCAAGCCCAGGCCAGGCUGUUGUGCUGGGUCAUCCUCUUUAGAAAAAUAUGCAACCUCCAACGAGUUUCCUGAUGAUACCCUGAACUUCGUCAAGACGCAUCCACUCAUGGAGGAGGCGGUGCCUUCUAUCAUCAACAAACCUUGGUUCCUGAGAACGAUGGUCAGAUACCGCCUGACCAAAAUUGCAGUAGACAACGCUGCUGGGCCAUAUCAGAAUCACACUGUGGUUUUCCUGGGAUCAGAAAAGGGAAUCAUCUUGAAGUUCUUGGCCAGGAUAGGAAGCAGUGGUUUCCUAAAUGGCAGCCUUUUCCUGGAGGAGAUGAAUGUUUACAACCCAGAAAAGUGCAGCUAUGAUGGUGUAGAAGACAAAAGAAUCGUGGGUAUGCAGCUCGACAGAGCGAGUGGCUCACUCUAUGUCGCCUUCUCUACUUGUGUGAUAAAGGUGCCUCUUGGCCGAUGUGAGCGACAUGGGAAGUGUAAAAAAACCUGCAUCGCCUCCAGAGACCCAUAUUGUGGGUGGGUAAGGGAAAGCGGUUCCUGCGCCCAUCUGUCACCUCUUAGCAGACUGGCUUUUGAACAGGACAUUGAGCGUGGCAAUACGGACGGCCUAGGAGACUGUCACAAUUCCUUCGUGGCGCUGAAUGGGCACGCCAGUUCCCUCUAUCCCAGCACCACUACGUCAGAUUCGGCGUCCCGAGACGGGUAUGAGUCCAGGGGAGGUAUGCUGGACUGGAACGACCUUCUCGAGGCACCCGGCAGCACAGACCCUUUGGGGGCAGUGUCCUCUCAUAACCACCAGGACAAGAAGGGAGUCAUUCGGGAAAGUUACCUCAAAAGCAACGACCAGCUUGUUCCUGUCACCCUCUUGGCCAUCGCAGUCAUUCUGGCUUUUGUCAUGGGGGCCGUCUUCUCGGGCAUCAUCGUGUACUGUGUGUGCGAUCACCGACGCAAAGACGUAGCAGUAGUUCAGCGCAAGGAGAAAGAGCUCACCCACUCGCGUCGUGGAUCUAUGAGCAGUGUCACCAAACUCAGUGGCCUCUUUGGGGACACCCAGUCCAAGGACCCAAAGCCCGAGGCCAUCCUCACUCCACUCAUGCACAACGGCAAGCUGGCCACGCCUAGCAACACCGCCAAGAUGCUCAUCAAGGCUGACCAGCAUCACCUAGACCUCACCGCCCUGCCCACCCCGGAGUCCACCCCGACGCUGCAGCAGAAGCGGAAACCCAACCGCGGAAGUCGCGAGUGGGAGAGGAACCAGAACCUUAUCAAUGCCUGCACCAAGGACAUGCCUCCCAUGGGCUCCCCUGUGAUUCCCACGGACCUGCCCCUCCGGGCCUCCCCAAGCCACAUCCCCAGCGUGGUGGUCCUGCCCAUCACGCAGCAGGGCUACCAGCAUGAGUACGUAGAUCAGCCCAAAAUGAGCGAGGUGGUGGCUCAGAUGGCGCUGGAGGACCAAGCUGCCACCCUGGAGUAUAAGACCAUCAAAGAGCAUCUGAGCAGCAAGAGUCCCAACCAUGGGGUGAACCUUGUGGAGAACCUGGACAGCCUGCCCCCCAAAGUUCCACAGCGCGAGGCCUCCCUGGGUCCCCCGGGAACCUCGCUGUCGCAGACCGGCCUGAGCAAGCGGCUGGAAAUGCAACACUCCUCCUCCUACGGGCUUGAAUAUAAGAGGAGCUACCCCACGAACUCGCUCACGAGAAGCCACCAGGCCACCACUCUCAAAAGAAACAAUACUAACUCCUCCAAUUCCUCCCACCUCUCCAGGAACCAGAGCUUUGGCCGGGGAGACAACCCACCUCCCGCCCCGCAGCGGGUGGACUCUAUCCAGGUGCACAGCUCCCAGCCCUCUGGCCAGGCCGGGACUGUUUCGAGGCAACCCAGCCUCAAUACCUACAACUCACUGACGAGGUCGGGGCUGAAGCGCACCCCCUCGCUAAAGCCAGAUGUACCCCCCAAACCUUCCUUUGCUCCCCUUUCCACAUCCAUGAAGCCCAAUGAUGCGUGUACCUAAUCCCAGGGGUUGGGGGCCAGGAGUUGAAGCGUCAGAUGAGGCGAGGUACCCACCACCCCGCUGAGCAAGGUCUCCGCUGCCUGAGGAUCUACCCGACCAAGAUGGCCCUGGAGGAGCUGAGGACGCUGGGUCCUCCUCCCGGGGACAUAGGGAUACUCUCAAAAAUUGGGCCGUGUGGUUUUGGUGAAGGUUUAGCAAUCCACCUCCGUUCUCUUCCUUCACACGCCUCCACGUCAUACAGCAGGUCGGACUCACGAAAGACUUCAGUAUCAUCACAAACAUGAGCCAAAAAGCACAUCCCCACCCCAUCCCCACAUGAACACAGACAGGCACAGGUCACACUCACAUGUGUGCACUACACACGCAUACACACACAUACACCACACAACACCACACACACAAUGGUAAACAACAACCACAACAUUUUGUCCCUGACUACACAGGACGUUACCAAACUUGGCUAAGCAUUCAAAACUUUAAAACACAAAUACAUUUUUUUUAAAAAAUCAUGAAAAUUAAAAAAAAUAAUAAUAAUAAAGGAUUCAUUGAUAAUUCUAACUCAGACUUUAACAAUGGCAGAAGUUUACUAUGCGCAGAUACUGUGAAAUGCCCACCAGUGUUACAGCUUUGUCAUAGCAGGUAAAUGCCGUGUUGGGCAACUAUGUCAUAGAUUUCUGCUCCUCUUCGCUUUUAAUGAAUAACGUGACCGUUAACGCAAAUAACUCUUAUUUAUUGUUCGCCCCUUUCUUUUUCCUCAAGGAAAAGACUCUUCCAAAUACCAUCGUAUGAACAGCUCUGCAGAAGCCCGUGGAAAGUUAAACUAUUUAACGUGAAAUCCAUUAACUGGAAUAAUCGAGUUUCUUUAUUUUUACAAUAAAUUCACUGAGUAAAUAAGGUGGAGCUGCAAUUCUGAGCUUUGUGUUUGGACUAUCGGGUCAGUAGGUAAAGGAAAGUGCUAGGAAGAAAUAUUUAUUUAAAUCUAGCUAAUUUGUCAGUUGGGUUUCUGGCUGAGAGGAAAAAAAAAGUGUUUAAAAAUCCUUCCAGAGUCUAACUUCCAACCAGGACAGAAAUGUUUAAAAUGACACGCAUGCCUCAUGGCGGUAAUCAUAGCUUUGUCUGAGGAUCCCACCGCCAGGAAGGCACUAGCUUGUGAACCCCUCUCCCCCCCCAUCUCAUUUCACCUUGCAUGUGAGACAGCAAACAAAUAUCCACAAACUGUGUGAACUAAUUAAUAUGCUGGCUGCUACCUUGCAUAAAUUAAUGAUUUGAGCACACGGGUGUUUUCAGGAGGUUACAUCCGUGAAUAGCCUGUUUUCCACGUGUAAAUUUGUGCCUUACGCCCUCAGUUGUAUACACUUGUAAACUGUCGUUAUGAUCAACUUUCUUUUCCUACUUGAAAUAAAGGCAGAUAUUUAUUUAAUCCCUGCCCUCCAUUCUGGAAGAUUGGAGACAAGCAAACGGAGCAUACACAGUAGUGAUGGUUGUGAUGCCGAAGGCUGGGUGACGCCCUUUAGUUCAUGCUGCCUUCUGUUGUGCCAACUCCAACCACCCUUUGGCUGUGCUGCAGAGCAUGGACCCCCAGUGUUGUGGGUGGAAAAAUCCCUUUUCCCGGAGCCCGCUGCUCCCUUAUAUCCCCAGAUCAUUUCAAUGGUGACAUCUUCCUGAGCCAGCAGAGAAGGGACAAAAGUGUCCACUGACUAGAGAAUCUUGCUUAUGGUGGUUGGGAUGGUAGCUGGGAGGCGUCUCCCAGCUGUGCCUUCAGCACACCCAGGCGAUGCACAGAGAAUCAAUCAGGAAACAGACCAGGCAGGCUGGUCCCUGCUGUGAUUAAUGGGUACCCCAAAGUACAAGAAAACCACAAUGGAGGCUGUAACACCCAUAUCUGGGGCAAAAAGUAUUUUUUUGUUUGUUUCUGUUUUUUGUUUUUUUUUUUUAAUUCUUUCAUCUGUUUGUUGUUUGUAGAGGGUUGGGAGGGGUUGUAUGUGUGGAUUUUGUUUUGUUUUUGUUUUUGUUUUCUCCCUUGGUUUUCAUUUGCUAAAGCACACAGAAGGAGCCUUUGUUUACUCUACCAUGAACAAAAGAAUUGUCUGCACACUGUAAACCAUGAGCAUUGUUUUCAUAUAAACAGUUUAUUUGGUGGUCUUUGUCUCUUUCUUUUUCUGUUUGAUCUGGGUUUGGUUUUGUCUUUAAAAUAAAAUAAUAAUAAUAAUAAACUUUCAGAAAAAAAAAAGAAAGAUUGACAAGGACAAAUUCUAACUGGUUAUUCAAAAUUCCUAUAUUGUAGCUGCUGUCUGAGCAGGAGCCCUGCAGAGCCCCCAGUGUACAGCUGAGAACAGGUGCAUAGCCCUUUGUUCCAAGACUUGCCUCAGACCAACUAAACCAUUGUUUGGGAUAUGUAAGACGUCACUAGGUUUUGUUUUGCUUUUUAGAUGAGUCAUUGUUCAUGGUCUGUAACCAUUGUACCCUGAAACCAUGAAGGCUUUUCUAGAAACAGAUACUGUCUUCUCUCUUUCCUUUUCUUCGCAAAGACAAAAAUUAAAAAGGAGGUGCCUGUCAGCCACCCUGAUACCCUCUCUUCCUGUUUGACUCCCAAGAGUAUUGCCCCAACCUUACACCCAUAUUAAUGGACGCCAUUGCCUCGGCUGUGUUAAGGAGAACCUGUCAAUCAAAACCCAUAUCCCUGCAUCCCAAGCCCCACUACUCUCGGUGUUAACCCCACAGUACCACAUGUAUUGAGCUGGUCUUCUGCAUUUCCCUGUCCCUGUACCUCUCCCUUUCUGCCCUCGCCUUUCCUUGGAGGGCGUGGGGGUGGGGGAGGAUUGUCCCUAAACCUGAGCGUGCCUUUGCUUUCCGCCCUGGCUAACUAGACACUGUCAACGCAACGCAGACUUACAUUGCUUGUAAAGUUGUAAAAAUAUUGUGAUGUCACCAGCUUUCCUUCCGUCUCCACACAUCCUAACAUCUGAUUCACAGUUUAAUGUAUGUAGUAAAAAAAGAGAGAGAGAGAGAAAGAGAAUGUAAAAGAAAGGGGGAAGAGAGAAAAAUCGAGGAAAGGGCUCUAUUACUUAAGAGUAAUAAAACCAGACUGUUCUACGUUA